AUGCAGCACCCAAAAGGAGUACAAGAACAGCCAAGGUACGAAAUGAUUAACUUCCGGGGAAAUCGAUCCACCUCCAAAAAUGAAAACAGAACAACUGGACAGGUCAAGGAAACGAAACUUAAGUCUCUAAAGCCUGAAGAAGGAGAAACCGAAAUUGAGAAAACAAACGAGUUUCCUCAUUCAGACCUGAAUCGUAAUGGGGCAGUCUAUGAAGUCAUUGCGAAUAACGCUGAGGGACCCACGGUUGACAUAAAGACAAAGUCCUGCGUGGACCACCGAGAUGCAAUCUACGACGCACUGAACAUCAUCGCUGAAACAACAGGACAACAAAUGAAUUCAUGCCGCCGCACGAUGUGUUUCACGACUGCACUACUGAUGAUUAUUUUUCUCAUGGCUGCAGCUGGCCUGACUUUGACUUUGAUGAUGCUUAUUUCAGGGAACACCUUAAGUUGGAAUCAAACGCCUACUUUACCACCAAGUAAGUGCGAUCUAUGGCCUCUGAACAUGGCAAACUGUUCAAUGGCAUUAAUUUUGUUCAGCCAUACAAAAUUUAGCUUCCAUCCAUGUGCGUAGGAGUAAAAUUGAUCGAAUUAGAGUUUUCUAGAACAAGACCGAAAUAUGUAAAAGCUUUCAGCAGUAAGGAUCAUUGGAUUGAAAGGUCAGGUGUACAUGUAAGGUAUUGCGAAAAAAAAAAUCAUCAUGCGAGACACGAAGGCAUGAUUCACUGAAUUUCAAUCACCAGCUUUGCAGUUUAUCAUUCGAAGUUGUAGUCGGGCGAAUUUCUGUACUCAAUGAGCACAUUUCUACAUUCUUUUCACGCUCUUUCAAAUUAUAUGCUAACAAAAAACCGGAGAGAGCUAAAAAAAAGGCAGGGAACAGGAAACAGGAAAUACUAUUUUGUCUACACUCGAAAGAGGAUCUUCUUCCAAAUUUGCGGGCGACCUCUAACCAUAAGUGUUCUUUCCAGCACCAGUCUAUUAUGGCACCUUCCACUUUGAAUGCUUUGUACCAGACAUUUACGGGCAUUGUAUGUUCGUAGCUUUACUUUAGAAUGACUACGAGACUAGUUCACUGGGAUAACCCUGAGUAAUCGAUUGGUUGAAACUUGAUUUACCCAUUAACAUCAUUUGCCACUUCUUGAUUUAAAUUUUGUCAACACUAAAUCCCAUUUAAACGUCUCAGAACCACCGUGUUACAUUACAUAGAUGAUCAAGAAAAGCCAGUUGCUCCCCAACCGAAAAAGAUUAUUUCACAAAACUCACAAUAUCGUUCAGAAAAGAGUCGAUGAGAUUAGCCGUCUCGUAAUUCCCCUAACUGUAUUUACAGGCAACCUCGAAAGCGGCGCCCACCCUGUAGGACUAGGACGGAAAAGUUAACAUGUACCCAGCCUCGAAUCUUUUCGCAGUUCCUUCCUUCUUUUAACAAGUCAAAGAGGGAUUUAAUGAUCAAUUGUCUUUCCAUGCUUUUUGCAGCAUAAAUGCAUGCUUUUUCCAGCCUUUUAAUCCAGCUAUUCUUAUCGUCUAUUCGUCAAAUCUUGUUUGAAGUAUCUAUUAAGCAGGUACACGUACCAUAUCCGAUUUGCCUGCUAAAAACGUACGUAAUCUAAAUCUGAACCGUCGCCAAGGAAUGAGAGCUAUAAUUAGACUAUUUGCAAUUAUUUUCUCUAAAUAACGCCAAUGGAAUACUCCUCACAAAAAAGCGACAAUUGUUAAGCAUUUCCGCAUUUGCAUUUGUAAGAGGGAAAAUUUAAGAGUGCUGUCAGGAAAUCCCCAUGGAAGGGAAUUGACAACUUUGAGAAAACAGCAGGCGCUCAGAGGUGAAAGGAAAUCGCCAGUUUAGAUAUCGACAGGAGUGACUAAACCUCUAUCGGAAAGACGUCAAAGAAUAGGCAAUUAGGUUAAAAUUGCAAAGCCGGUCCAGUUCUUUAGUUCGCAAAGCUCUCGAACAACCGUCCACUCAGCGAUAAAACAGUUUGUAAAGGGGAAUGCUGUAAGGUAUACAAAGUUCUUUUAUCAAAUGGAAGGCAAAUCAUGUUAGAAUGCACAUAGAGUACAAUUUUAAACUAGACUUCCAACUGAGUACAGGGACGACCAAGAGCAACAUGGACAAUUAAUGAUACGCCUUCAAGCAUUUACACAGUUAAUGUGACACAUAUAAAAUAAUAAGAAUGUUAUAGAAGCCCUUCUGUCAAAAGAUGCAAGGUUUAAUCCGACGUCUGAAGAGUCGCCUUUCAACUUGAUUUGGAAAAUAAAUCCUAAACGGGUGUAAGGUUUAUUCCUAGUUAUAUCAAAAGUGUAAACAUAAUUUCGAAAAAGACUGCUUUUGUUCGCAACAUAAAGUUGCUCAGAGCUACUGACUUGACGUUGAUAAGUUUUUAAGACUAAGAGAGACGACUUUUCACUGAGAGCUGAAUGGAAACCAACCAACAUCAAUCAUUCUUCGCAUACUUCGCUAGAGGUCGGCAAAGACUGAAUCUUACACGUCUCUCUUGGUUUCAAUCGAAUAAAGCAAAAAUGAAUUUUAUUUUUUUUGUGCCUAAAAAUUUGGGAAGGAUUCAGCCUGACAUACCCAUUUGUGGCUCAUAUCUCAUGCACUGUUUGGCUUUGUAAUAGUAAUGGAGAAAGAUUGACUUAGGCAAGAAGUCUCUGAAAAUGUCUCUCAUCCCGCUCUUUCACAUCACUUGUUUCACUCUGUUAAAAAAGUCUUUCGCCAGCCUACUCCUACAUUAGGGACAAAGUGCAAGGAAAAGAUGUGGUUUUUCUAUUCUUUUCAGAGGCUGUUGGAAGUGGAAGGGACGAUAAUCAAGAAAUGAAAUUGAAGAUUUUAAAGCUGGAAGAAGCGUUAAAUCUCACCCGCUUUCAAGUUCAAAAACUCAAGAUCGAACUACAGACACAAAAGAAAGCGAUGGAGAACCUAACAGUACAGGUGAACAUAAUGCUCUGUCCAAUGCCUGGUAUGGAAAUCAAUGAAACAUGAGAAUUUUUCCUCUUCUUCUUUCUCCAGGAACAAAGCUGCAGCCGCUGCACCGGUCCACCAGGCCCUCCAGGCUCACGCGGCCAAACAGGACCGCCUGGCUCACCAGGGGCCCGGGGACCCGUUGGCCCUAUGGGUCCCAAUGGUACAGCUGGACCAGCGGGUCCUCGAGGUGUAAACGGUUCUCAGGGCUCACCAGGGCCUCGCGGUAUUCCAGGAGCAAUGGGCCCGCGCGGAUAUAAUGCAUCACGAGGAUUACCAGGCCCCCAAGGACCAGCUGGAAAUAACACGGCUUGGAAUGUGAGCCUUUGUCAGUACACGAACAAGAAAGAAGUUGCACAAACAGCAGGGAAGUCAGCAAAUUCAAAAGUCAUUCUACGAGAGGAUGAACACCCGGUAGGCUCAUGUCACCUUCUGCUUAACAUUAAGUCCUGAAAUCGAGGUGAAUGGUGGUAGAGUGUUUAGUAAGCCGAGAGACUAAUUGUCUUAGUGUCCACGUACGAAGCGAUGUCAACAGUUUUUCUGACGGAUGCCAGUUUUAAAAUAUAAAAGCUACUGUAGGUAAUCAAAGUCAAUUAUUUUGAGACUUGUAAAGCUGAUGCUUGAAUUUAAACGAGUACACCUACUGAAAUCCUCGAUUUGAGUUUCGAACCGAUUCUUGAACCUAAAUCAAUUAAUUUUCAGUGCAACCCAAACUAUUAAUAAUUUCUUUGUUCAAGACAAACGUACUUGUUUUCUAAUUUUUUUGUCCCAGGGAAUGAAGAUUGUUGCAGCUACUUGUUCAACGCACAAUGCUGCAGAGUACGUCUUUGGUGAUGUAAGAAAUGACCCCACAACAGGAACCAUUGUGUACAAUUGUCACUGUAAAGGAAAAUCACAACUGUUUGUUGGCGCAAACAUGCAGUGUGUUAUUCACUACUGGAUCUGUCCAAUCAGAAAUUAAAUAGUGUAGAAAUGUGAGGAUCAUCUGUUAGGCAAAUAAAAAUUGUUACAUGUAAUUUAAGUAUAUGAUAAUGUUUUCUCUGGUAGCUCCGUAAUUCAUUGAUCCAAUGAUGUAAAGUAAUUUUGGUGCUGGCCCGAUCCCACGUCUUUCUACUUCGCCAC